GCAUCCGUAGUGGGUGUUUCCAGCCUCCUUGAACGCUGCCUCCUGCUGCCUCUGCAAGAAGGCAGCUCUAGGCGAUGGGGGUGGACAGGCGGCAGAGAGCUUCGGCAGCCCUCUCGCUCAGCUUCAUCUCUUUAAUCUUCUCCAUCACAGCCUUCAGCAGCAGCUACUGGUGCGAAGGGACCCAGAAGGUCGCCAAACCGUUCUGCAAUGAACUUGCUGGUGGGACCCACUGCAUUCGCAUGAACAGCUCAGGUGCAAACGACAGCAGCGCAGUUCAGUACUUCUGGGAGACGGGGGGUGACAAGUUUGUUGAUCGAAAGUUUCAUGCCGGUAUUUGGCAUUCCUGUGAAGAGAUGAUCAGUGGAAAAGGUGAGAAAUGCAGAAGUUUCAUCAGCCUGACACCCCCAGCAGUUCAAGGAGUUCUAUGGUUGUCUGUUGCAGCAGAGAUCCUCUAUAUUAUUUUACUUCUGAUGGGCAUCACUCUCAUGCUGACUGAAAUCUGUCAUUCCAUCAGUGUCCUAGAUGGGCUGAAGCUUAAUGCAUUUGCUGCAAUAUUCACUGUUUUAGCAGGUCUCCUUGGGAUGGUGGCUCACAUGAUGUAUACAACCGUAUUUCAAAUGACAGUCAAUUUUGGUCCAGAGGACUGGAGGCCUCAGAUGUGGGAUUAUGGCUGGUCUUACUGUCUGGCGUGGGUUUCCUUUGCCUGCUGUAUGGCUUCUUCUGUGACCACAAUGAACAAAUACACAAAAACUAUUUUGGAAUUUAAGUAUAAACAGAAAAAACUGGAGAGAAGUCUAAAAGCUAAAUCCAAGGCUCCUGUUCCAGAAAAGGCAUGGAAGAUGUACACUGACACCCUCCAGAGCACAGCUGAGGACUUCAUGCAUCCCCUAACAGACAUUCACAACCCAUCCAGUCCUAUGGGAUUUGCAGAGUUAAAUAAUAUUCCUGUGGCACAUUGUGAAGAAUACUGCUAAGAAGGAGAUCCAGGAUUCUUGAUUUUGUUUUGUGUUUUGGAAAGUGCCAGUGUAUAUAUGAUGCAUUUUUCUUUUGUAUGCUAAGAAUCGAUAUUCCAGCUGAAAACCAUGGUGGUGACUUACAAAGGAGACAGGAGAAAAGUCUUCUUUCUAAUUUUGGGUGUUUCCCUUCUCUUUUGCUUUGACAGCGCUAGUUAGGUAGGG